AUGAGAAGUGGGGUCCCUCGAGCAGCAGGUGCCUCCCGGAGGGAAAAAGAUGGGAUGGUUCGUUCAUUGAUGAUUCCUUCGUUUAACGCUUACUGCGGAAGCAACCUACUUGAUCGAUCAACACGAUCUUCGACCUCUAAAUCCAUCCCCAAUAUCAUCCGAUCGGGUUGCAGCUGACUGGCUUUGGUUUUCUGAUUGUAGAAAUUUGAUUGAGUUUCUGGGUUUCGGUUUCUAGUUGUGGUUACUGAUUCAAUCACCAUGAGUUUUAUCUUCGGAAAGAGAAAAACUCCCGCAGAACUUCUGCGGGAAAAUAAGAGAAUGUUGGACAAAUCAAUUAGAGAAAUAGAGCGGGAGAGACAAGGCUUGCAAUCACAAGAAAAGAAACUGAUUUCAGAGAUAAAGAAAAGCGCCAAACAAGGCCAGAUGGGAGCUGUUAGAGUGAUGGCAAAAGAUCUUGUUAGAACAAGGCAUCAGAUUGAAAAGUUUUAUAAGCUCAAAUCACAGCUCCAGGGUGUAUCACUUAGAAUUCAGACUUUGAAAUCAACACAAGCAAUGGGGGAGGCCAUGAAAGGUGUGACAAAAGCAAUGGGACAGAUGAAUAGGCAGAUGAACUUGCCAUCUCUACAGAAAAUUAUGCAAGAAUUUGAGAGACAGAAUGAGAGGAUGGAACUGACGACUGAGGUGAUGGGAGAUGCAAUAGAUGAUGCUUUGGAAGGAGAUGAGGAGGAGGAAGAAACAGAGGAACUAGUGAACCAGGUUCUAGAUGAGAUCGGAAUCAAUGUAAACCAGGAGCUUGUGAAUGCACCAUCAGCAGCUGUUGCUGCCCCAGCGGCAAAGGCAAAGGUGCCUCAAGUCGAAACUACUGGAAAUGACGACGGCGGGAUAGAUAGUGAUUUGCAGGCAAGGUUAGACAAUUUAAGAAGAAUGUAGUCUUCAUCCUGUAUUAUGUACACUCCAACUUUACUUGGAGAAGUGGAGUAUAUUUGUAUACCAUGUCCAUGUUAUGCAUAAUUGGUAACUUCUGCCAGGCUUUCAUGAACUCAGGAUUAUAGGACAAAAUGGAUAUUUUUCUAAAUAAAAUUUCCUCGUCAGUUUUUACUA